UUUGUCUUAUAUAAAUAUUCACUCACACCAUCUGUUUGUGCUUUAGCAUUCAUUGUACUCUCGCUUUCCUUGUUUCACCCGGAAUUUGAUGUCUUCCCAACAGAAUCCUUCUAUGGAACCUGCAAAAACAUCAUCCGUAGAUCCACUGAUUGGGAAGCAAGUUUCUACUAGAUGGUCCCCUGGCGGCCCUUUUAUUGAUGGUGACAUAAUUGAAUAUGACCCUGCCAAUGGCAUGUAUAAAGUGAUCUAUGCUGCUAAUACACCGAAAGAGUUUUCCUGUUGGGUUGAUAUGAAAAAGAUCUUACCGGAGGAUAUAGAUUGGGAAGGGUUUGAUCAGGUACCAAGUACUGUCGAACAAAAUGGACAAGACAGCGACGAUGAUAAUGCAGAAAAGGUGAAUAAGUCUGUAAAGAAGAUUACAGUUUGUACUCAAACUCAAAUGAGACCAGCAAAGCCCAAAAGUAAAAGUAAAUCAAAAACUUCAAGAGUGAAAAAAAGUGCAUGAAGUCUGUACUUGCAUGGGAAAUUAACUGAGGAAGAAUGAAUGUACUGAAACUUAGGGAAAGAAAUCAUCUUUAGUUUUUUAGAAUAAUUCUGUUAAGU